AUGAUCAAAGCUGGAUCUGAGGAACUUCCUGUUCAUAAGAAUAUUGUGUCGGCAAGUUCCGAUUAUUUUAAAGCAAUGUUAUCUUACGAAAAUGUUGAAACAAAAUCUGGUGUCGUUGAAAUAAAGGAAUUUGAUGAAGUUUGUGUUAAAAAAUGUGUUGAUUUCAUUUACACUGGGGAUGCUUAUGUUGCCAAAGAAAAACGUGAAACACUCAUGGGUGUCGCUCACAUGAUGCAGCUGCAAAGACUUUGUGAUAGUAUCGCAAUUUUUCUGGAAGAUGAUCUUGAUCCUAGAUCGUUUUUUCAAACUAAAAAAAUUGCGAAUAGGUACAACUGUAAACAAGUUGAGGAAAAAUGCAAUCAAUUUGCAUUGCAAGGUUUUAAAGAAAUUGCCCAGUCUGAUGAGUUCAUGGAUCUUGAUGAAAAAUUUAUUUCAUUUCUGAUGGAAUCGAAGGAAACAAAAGCAAAGGAAGAAGGGAAAUGUAAGAUGUUGUUAGCAUGGACCAAACAUGAUAUUGAUGAAAGAAAAGAAUGUUUUCUUAGUUUGGUGAUGAAAUUUCAAUUGACGAAAAUGACUUUGUCAUAUAGAAGAUUUCUUGUUGAAAAUGAACCAUUAAUACUUGAAUCUGGAAAAGCUCUCCAGUCAUUGACUUUGUCAAUUUUAGACAGUACUGGGAAUGUCAAAUCAAAAGAUUUCAAUUUCACAGAGAACAAACAGCUUGUUGUUUUUGACAAAACUUCUCAUAGAAUGCAUUCUCAUGAUGUUGAUGAUAAAACAUGGACACCAAUGCAAACCAUAGAUCAAGCAAUUAUACAGAAUUUAUAUUCUGCUGUAGUGAUGGAACUUGAAUAUGCUAAAUUUAAUGCAAAGUGGGAACAAAUGGCAAAUACAAAUCUUCAGUAUGCAUAUGCAGUUGCACUUGAUGGUUUUGUUCAUGGUUUUGAAUAUCAGAGGCACUCAAACAUUAUGGAAAGAUAUGAUCCAUCAAAUAAUAGAUGGACCAGACUAACAAACAAAUCAUUGAUUCUAGCAUAUGAAUCUUUGGUGGCUGCUGAUGGAAAGGUGUUUUGUAUUGCAGGAUAUAAUCAGCAAAGUCUAGCAACAAACCAAGUUGAGAUUUAUGAUCCUGUCACAUCAACUUGGUCUAUGGAUAAUAGAUCAUUGAAUGAAGCAAGAUAUUGUGCUUCUGCAACUGCUACAGAGGAAGGAAUAUAUGUUAUGGGAGGUUAUAAUGUUAAUAGUAAUACUAAUACUGUUGAAUUUCGUUCAUCUGUAACUAAAACCUGGAUGAUGUUGAAACCAAUGAAAACUGCAAGAGAGGAGUUCAGUAGUUGUGUGAUUGAUGAGAAAGUUUAUGUCAUUGGUGGAAAUGGAAAUCCUGCAAAUAUAGAGGAAUAUGAUCCUGAAACAAAAGAAUGGAAAAUUAUUGAAAUCAUUCAAGGAAAAAAUGUAACUCCACUGGCUACUGUUGCAUUAUUUAUGUAACAUUGACUGUUCUUAUCAGUUGUUAUACCUUUGUGGCGUCAUUUAUUCCUAUUAUUCAUCAACUAAAAUGGAGUAAUAGUAAAAAUAAACCUCUGUUGUUGAUUUGAUCAUGAAAGUGGAUGAAUAACCAAAUUUCUAUUUCAGCUGCAUUUCACCAGUUAUCGAGCAUAACCAUGGCCAAGAAAUUUGACUUCGAAGAGUUGAUUUAAAUUCAUUAUGCUCAAAGUGGUAUCUAUCUAAUUUUCCAUUGAAUUUUUUUUACCGAAUAGUUCACUAUUUCGAAUACUUUCGAAAUUAUUAUUUUCGAAUAUGAAAUUUUGAAUACAUGCAAAAAUAAAUUUAAGUAAAAAAGCAUAUUUUAUGGCAUGAAGGAAUCUGCAUACAAUAAACAAUGGAAUAACUGUUAUCUACAACCUGUCUAUUUACCAGACAUUUCAUGUCCACCGAUUGCCUGAUAUUUUCGAGUAGUAUUGCUUUUCAUAUUUCAGUAGGUACGAAAAUACGAAUCAAAAAUUGAUAAUAAUCGGGCAGUUUACUACACAUUUUAUGUCCGCAGAUUGCCACUGUUUUUUUAGAGUAUAGUAAUUCCUUCUGUUUUCCAGUAAGUACGAAACUUCGAAUCAAAAAUUAAUUAUAAUCGGGCAGUUUUCCACACAUUUUAUGACCGCAGACUGUCCGUAUUUUACAAUAGUAAUGCUUUUAUUUUUUCGCAAGUAGGAAAAUGAGAAUCAAAGAUUAGGUAUAAUCGGGCAGUUCACCACACAUUUUAUGUCUCCAGAUUGCCGUGAUAUUUUAAUAUACGAUAGCAAUGCUUUUAUUUUUUCGUAAGUCAACGCAACCACGGUUUAUGUUAAACAGAAUUAAAUUAAUACGGCAAGGCCUUUUAAUUGCUGGUAUCUAAAUAUUUUGCGCAACAGAAAAUCAUCCUAGUAAAAAAGUGAUACUUUUAACUAUCAUUAUCAAAAUCGGUUGCCAAAAAGUGGAUAAAAAGUAUAAACUAUAUUUCCUAAUAACUCCUAAUGACUAAUUUAUUGGGUAUUGUAACAAUUGUGGCUUUGAAUAAUUUCAAAUUUUCGACGUGAAGGAAAUAAAUGUAUAAACUAGAAUAUCGGUUAGAAACCGAAGACUUAUUGA